GCCCCAUCCUUCCCCCAUCCAGGAAAGACACACUUGCCGUUAUACCCAGCAUUGUCACCGUACCUACCUGGGUACACUACCGUACUUACCUUUCUGUCGUCUAACCUAAAUCAAGCAUUAACCGCACCGCAUCCUUCUUCUCCAAAGAUCCUAUCCUGAUUCUACAUAGCCGACCCCCUUCCAUUCUUUAUUCAUCACCCCCCAAAAAUCUUUUCCCCCUGGUUGGAUUUCCUUUUUUCUUCUUUUCACAUUUUCCCGCGGCUCCCUUGCCAACCUUGCGCCACUCUAGCCAAGGGACUUCUUCAGUUCUGAGCUAGAUAGCGCGCGCAACCACCCCGUAUUUCCCAUCGAUAGGGUCCAAGUACCCACCAAUCCGCAGUUGCGGCUCCUUGCGGCGGAUAAGAGCCAGUGCGCCGUGUUACUCUAUUACUCACGGUUUGGGCUCACUCGUCUCGUCAUUUCUGACAGGCUAGUGUGCGCUUGAUUACUACUACUACUUUCUAACAAAACCGUAACUACACUUGUAUGCGAAUGGGAGGGCGACCGCGACUUUGACUGUGUUAAUACACUUUUGGCGCAAUCACUACUGUCACCCCUCCGUACGACAGCUGGUAACCUCGUCUUGGUUUCCCGAUGAUGACUUGAGCAGACCAGUGCGUGAGUAAAGGCCACUCCAUGCCAGAGCGUGAAGACAUGACUACGACCGUCGGUUCGGCCCUCGCUCACGACCCUUCAGCUAGCGACGUGUACGAUCCGGAUGACGUUUUGCCUAAGAACAGUCCCUUAAUGAAGGCUCACCGCCCCAAGCUUGAACCCUCGCCCUCCCCGCCGGCCUUACCUCUUCCCAAAGUCAGUCUUCUUCCUCAAAACGGUCGAAAGUCUUCUAAUCGUCGACAAAAGAUCCGCCCGAGCCUCGGCGAUGCCGUCUUAAUCCACUAUCUCGACGGUGGGAAACGGUCGGAUAUUGUCGCCGAGGCGUGGUCGCAACCUCUGUCGUAUCACGGCGACGACGACGACGCUCGAAGCAAAGGGGAUACAGAAGAGACGUUCGAUGGGUCGGGGGACGAGGACGAAACAAGGAGUCACGAAGAAAUGUCACCAGUUCCAACGCAGCGUCGCACUAUACGCCCAACCGACCCAUCAGCAUCAAAGUCUAUAGAACUGCAGUUUCUCGCGACUAAUGCCGUGUAUAUGCUUACCGCUGCCAGGGCGGCUUCGGGAAUUGUAGAUUCAACGGAUUGCUCACAGGCUCCAGAUGAUGAUUCCAGAGUCGUGCAAAGAACGGUACAGGAUCAGGCUUCGAGGAUGGAUGGUGCACGAGACGAUAAUGCGAUGAAGGAUACGAAUAGGCCGGUUCUUGCCGCACCUAUCUCCCCUUAUCCGUCGCAAACUUCGCAGGAGAUGUUCUCUCCUCGGAGUUUUACGCCAGGCCAUGGAAUUCUGAUGCACCCUAGCAGCGUUCAACGGUCGCCACCUGGUCUUAGUCCUCCUUCAGGCCAUGGGGAAUUGCCUCCGAUCCAGGAGACGUCCCCAAAAUCUGACACAUCUAACCACGAAUCUCUACCGUCGAUAAGAUCGCAACUGCUUGAUCAACUUACAGGUCCUCCGAAAGAGUUGGCUAUGCGCAAUGGGCAUCAAUUUCCCCACUCCCCCCCGGGAGCGCCGCCACGGAUUGGAAUUCCCGGGAGCCAUGGUUCGCCUCCGAUAUCCCCGAACGACGCAUAUCGUCACCAAAGCCACAGUAUACCUUCCCCACCUCAUACGCUUCCCAAUAUGAGUCCUUACGGAUUCCCCUCGCAACAUAACGGCGCGAACCAGUAUAGGUCAAAUCUGGAUUAUAGCAGCAGUAGCAAUGCAAACACGCCAAGUGGUAGCGGCGAUGUCUCGACACCCGCUACUUCGAUUACGAUCACCGAGCGGAUGAGUAUUGAUGCUAUUUCAAAUCCGGUCGGCACUUUCAUGUGUGCGGUACCGGGCUGCAACGCGCCUCCGUUUCAAACACAAUAUCUCCUUAAUUCGCACGCGAAUGUGCAUUCUUCCGCUCGUCCGCAUUAUUGUUCCGUGAAAGGUUGUCCACGAAGCGAAGGUGGCAAAGGUUUCAAAAGAAAGAAUGAGAUGAUUCGUCAUGGGCUUGUCCAUGAUUCGCCUGGGUACGUGUGUCCGUUCUGUCCAGAUAGGGAGCACAAGUACCCAAGGCCGGAUAAUCUGCAAAGGCAUGUACGAGUUCAUCAUGUCGACAAGGACAAGGAUGACGCUGCCCUUCGCGACGUGCUCUCGCAACGUCCGGACGGACCUAACCGAGGACGAAGACGUCGCGGCGGCCCGUAAAGCUCUAUCGGGAGCGAGCUGAUGAAACGAGAGAACGCGAAGAAUGAUUGCUUCCGACAUUAUGAUAUUUGCCUUUCGAAUCUUAGA